AGCAAAUAAAACUCAAACACGAUGUAUUCACGUCCGCCCAAUAACAUAGAGUUUGUCAAACAGUUAGUCAAAAGACUUUAUAAUUAUGAAGUGAAACAAAUUAAAGAACUCAAUGGCGCUGACGAUAGGAACUACUAUUUGGUUACAAAUUAUGAAAAAGAGUUUGUCCUCAAGAUUACAAACACUGUAGAGGGAAGUGUGCCCGGACUUUUAGAUGCUGUCAAUUCAUUUAUACUACUCUUACACAACAAUGGGUUUAGAGUUAGUGUCCCUCAAGUGAACGCAAAUGGAAAAUACUUAUCGUAUGAAGAGAUCCCAUCACCAGAUGGACAGUCAGUACACGAAUCACCUUUGAAUACGGCAUAUGGGGUCAGGCUAUUGGAGUUUAUAAGUGGGAAGCUGUUAAGGGAUGUGCCCUUUACUCCUCAAUUACUCACAGAAUGUGGUCAAGUGUUGGCUCACAUGACGAUCGCUAUUCAGACAUUUGAGAGCCAAGUGAUAAGUAAACGCCGACCGGAUUGGUCUCUUCUAAACGUGUUAGCCGUCAGACAAUAUAUAGACGCCGUUCACAAUCAAGAGGACAGGGAUGUAGUGUCGGCCACUUUAGACGAGUUUGAGCGCACAGUUAUGCCAAUUCUGGAUGAGUUGGAAACAAACUUAAUUCACGGCGAUUUCAAUGAGAUGAAUAUUAUUGUCCACAACAAUCCUAAUGAACAUCCAGACAAUGAAUAUCACGUGAAGGGAGUCAUAGACUUCGGUGAUAUUCACUACGCGCCCAGAGUUUUCGAUUUAGCCAUAUAUUUGUGUUAUUCAAUGCUAUUCUUCACUGCCGGUCCACCCAUACUGGCGCCGGCGUUUGGACUCAAGGGUUACAUGAAGUCCAUUAAACUACACGAAAACGAAUUAAAUGUGUUAUGCACUUGUAUCAAGGCCAGAUUCUGUCAGUCGCUGGUAUUGGGCGCCCAUUCAUACCGUUUGGAUCCGACAAAUGUUUACGUGUUGUCGUCGGCCAAGAAUGGGUGGCCAGCCCUC